AUGGCGUCGGGCCCGGGCUCCCAGGAUCGGGAAGGGCUCCUCAUAGUGAAACUGGAGGAGGACUGCGCCUGGAGCCAGGAGCUGCUCCCGCCAGACCCGGGGCCCAGCCCGGAGGCCUCCCACCUGCUCUUCAGACGGUUCCGCUUCCAAGAGGCCGCUGGGCCCCGGGAAGCCCUCAGCCGGCUCCAGGAACUUUGCCAUGGGUGGCUGCGGCCUGAGAUGCGCACCAAGGAGCAGAUCCUGGAGCUGCUGGUGCUGGAGCAGUUUCUAAUCAUCCUGCCUCAGGAGAUCCAGAGCAGGGUGCAGGAGCUGCAUCCGGAGAGCGGCGAGGAAGCAGUGACCCUUGUAGAAGAUAUGCAGAGAGAGCUUGGGAAGCUGAGGCAACAGGUCACAAACCAUGGGCGGGGAACAGAAGUGCUUUUGGAGGAGCCUUUGUCUCUGGAAACAGCACGAAAGUCACCGAGCUUCAAGCUGGAGCCAAUGGAGACUGAGCGAAGCCCUGGUCCCAGGCUGCAGGAGCUGCUAGGCCCCAGCCCUAAAAGGGACCCCCAGGCUGUAAAGGAGAGGGCAUUAUCUGCUCCCUGGCUUUCUCUCUUUCCUCCCGAAGGAAACAUGGAAGACAAGAUGACUGGGCCCCAGUUGCCUGAGAGCUUAGAGGACGUGGCUAUGUACAUCUCCCAGGAGGAGUGGGGGCAUCAGGAGCCUAGUAAGAGGGCCCUCUCCAGGGACACGGUGCAGGAGAGUUAUGAGAAUGUGGACUCACUGGAGUCUCAGGUUCCCAAUCAGGAAGCCCUGAGCAUCCAGGUGGAACAAGGAAGAAAACUAUGGGAUCCCAGUGUCCAGAUUUGCAAGGAGGGACUGAGCCCCAGAAACCCAGCUCCAGGAGAAGAGAAAUUUGAGAGUCGGGAAGAAAGUACUCAGUCUAUUUCUCCUGAGAACAUCCAUCUGCAGGUGCUUCUGACUGGCCAGACCAGAGGGGAGGUGCCCUGGAGUCCUGAGCAGGCACCAGCUGGGGACAGGGCAGAAGGGCAUUGGGAGCCUCUCCCAGAGGAUCGGAUGGAGCAGUCCAGAGUGGGGGCCACAAGUUGCAGAGAAGCAGGCCAGCCAAAGGAACUGCAGCCAAAGAAGCUCCAUAUUUGUCCCUUGUGUGGCAAAAAUUUCUCUAAUAACUCAAAUCUAAUUAGGCACCAGAGAAUACAUGCAGCAGAAAGACUGUGUAUGGGAGUAGAGUGUGCUGAAAUCUUUGGUGGGAGCCCACACUUUUUAUCACUACCCAGAGCACACUUUGGAGAGGAGGCCCAUAAGUGCCUUGAAUGUGGAAAAAGCUUCAGUCAGAAUACCCACCUGACUCGCCAUCAACGCACCCAUACAGGCGAGAAGCCCUAUCAAUGUAAUGUAUGUGGGAAAAGCUUCUCUUGCAACUCCAAUCUCCACAGACACCAGAGAACACACACCGGUGAAAAGCCCUACAAGUGCCCUGAGUGUGGUGAGAUUUUUGCUCACAGUUCCAAUCUCCUUAGGCACCAGAGAAUUCACACAGGAGAGAGACCCUAUAAGUGUGCUGAGUGUGGAAAAAGUUUCUCUCGAAGUUCCCACCUUGUCAUACAUGAAAGAACUCAUGAGAAAGAGAAGCUUUACCCCUUCUCCGAGUGUGGGGAAGCAAUGAGUGACAGCAGCCCCUUUCUUACAAAUCAUGGAACCCACAAAACAGAGAAGAAACUCUUUGAAUGUUUGACCUGUGGGAAAAGCUUCCGACAGGGCAUGCACCUCACCAGACAUCAGAGAACGCACACAGGGGAGAAACCAUAUAAAUGUACCCUUUGUGGGGAAAACUUUUCUCAUAGAUCCAACUUAAUCAGGCACCAGAGAAUUCACACGGGAGAAAAACCCUAUACCUGUCAUGAGUGUGGAGAUAGUUUUUCUCACAGCUCCAAUCGGAUUCGUCAUCUGAGGACCCAUACAGGAGAGAGGCCCUAUAAAUGUUCUGAAUGUGGAGAAAGCUUUUCUCGAAGUUCACGCCUUAUGAGUCAUCAGAGAACUCACACCAGAUAG